AUCACCAACAGUACACGGCGCUGCACUGGGCCGCCAAGAACGGCAACCUGGACAUCAUCAAGCUGAUCGCCGGUACGCACGGCGUCGACGUCGACUCGGCAUCGCAUGGGGGCUACACUCCUCUGCACAUCGCCAUGCAGUACGGCCACGAGGACGUGUUCGACCUGCUCGUCCACACGUACGGCGCCGACCCCAACAUGCGUGACUACAGCGGCAAGAAGCCGCGGCAGUACAUGGUGCGCGAGGAGACGACACUCUCAUCGGAGGCGUUCCGGAAGAUCAAGAAGAAGAGGACAGCUGACAAGGACUCCAGCUUCCUGCGCAUCGGCUCGCUGAACGUGCGGGUCAAGCGGACCACCGAGGCGUUCAACAGCCUGCUCUCCACCGGCCUGAACAUGGGCGACCGACUGCACCGCAGCUGGGGCUCCUCCGACAGCGUCAACGACGCCGACCGCGACCUCAUGCCGCCGCCCAAGUUCAGCAUCAAGAAGCGCAAGUCGAAGAAGCCGCAGGACUUCCAGAGCCUGAAGUCUCGGAUCUCGGCGCCGAUCCUGCAGGCGGGUGGCGGCCUGCCGAUGCCGGCCGGCGGCGGUGGCGGCGGCGGCGGCGGA